GGAUCGUUGAUUAAUUUUUUAAAUUUUUAUAUUUUUGGUUAUUAAUUUAAUUGCUGUUGAUCGGUGUCUCCGUUUUGAAAAAUUCAUACGAUACUUACAGCAAGGAUCGAUUUGUGCUUCACACUGCGGAGAAAGGUUUAAUUUUAAUGAACGCGAAGUUCGCGUGACUGUGCAUAGUAGCGAUAGUCGCCCUGAAGUGAUGAAGUUUGUGUUGUGGCUAUGAAUGAAGAAAAUUUUUUGAAUUCUCCUUCCGGUGGAGAUGAAUUCGAAAAAUUUGUUUUUUUCGACGAAGAAACUUGUAUUUCAUGACGUGCGUUUUGUAAUCGGUGCUUAAAAAAUCGAAAAUCCAAAAAACCAAUACAACCAGAUAUAUUCAGAAGGAUGUGAAGCGUAGGACAGAUACCAUGCGGAGAACGAAGUGCUGCCUUCUCCUGUUCGUCCUUCUAAUUCACAAUGGUUGCUGCAUCAAGUGGCUGGCUCUCGGCCACAGCAGCAACGAAAUUCAGCAACCAUGGACCAGAGAAGCUUGCACGGGUUUGCGAAGUGCUGGGAUUCUCGAACGGAAGCAGGCUAGGGCCUGCAGAGCGGCACCGGAAGUGAUGCCCAGUUUGGUCCAAGCUGCCAUAGAUACUUCCGCAGUAUGUCAGCACUCCUUCCGGAAUCGCCGAUGGAAUUGCAGCAAUAUCGAACGAGCUCCUGAUUACACUCCUGAACUUCUUACGGGAACCAGAGAACAGGCAUUUGUAUACGCAAUGUCAGCAGCCGCAGCUGUUUGGCGUUUAGCACGUGGUUGCGCACUAGGUAGUCUGGCAUCCUGUUCCUGUGCGACACCACCAAGACGAGAGCCACCAUCACCAUCGGCAUUGACCUCUGCAUUCUCAGCCUCCUCGAUCACCUUCGGUGGUUUGGCUUCGAGGAGUUCAUUCAAGUGGGGUGGCUGUGGCGAUGACGUUCGAUCUGCCUCCAGAAUAGCAAAACGCUUCCUCCAGGGUGCGAGCCCGCCAGCUUUUGGCUCUACCGGCAAAUUCUUACAUGCAGUCAACAUGCACAAUCACCGUGCAGGAAGAAGGGCCGUGGAACAAUCAUUGAGCCUUGAAUGCAAGUGCCAUGGCGUUUCGGGAUCCUGCAGCGUUCGUACGUGCUGGAGAGGUCUGGGUUCCUCGGGACCUGCUGUGGCUGGCGCCAGACUCCUUCGUAGGUACGCUACUGCGGCGGAAGUCAGGCCCAGAUCUGGUGGUCGACUUCCGCCACUAUAUCAUCACGAUAAUCUCCUUUACACUACCAAGAGUCCGGAUUAUUGUUCGCCGGAUAAAAAUCGUGGCAGUCUGGGUACCAUUGGCAGACAAUGCAAUGGCAGCAGUUCUGGCUACGAAGGCUGCGAAUAUCUUUGCUGUGGCCGUGGACACGUUACUAAGACCGAAGAGAUUCUCGAAAGAUGCGAAUGCAAGUAUAUCAGCUGCUGUUACGUUAAAUGCAAAACAUGUCGCAGUAUCGUCAAGACUUAUGAGUGUAACUGAUGCAUUUUAUUCAAUGAUAAUUAAAUUUGAUUAUAAUUA